AUGCCCCCCUCCAAACGGCAAAAACUUUCCGGAAAGGAAGAGCAUCGUGCUUCAAAGGAACCGGAGGAAGCUACGGAUAGUUCUACGGAUGAUGAUGGACACUCAGAUGAUUUCGAGGGUGAAGGGACAAGCCUCGACGAGGAUGAUGAACUCGAAAGUCCAAAGAAACUGAAAUCCCGGCAGACCUUAAAGAGAAAGAUCAGGGCGACAGGAAGUUCAAAUUUUGGAGCGACGCUACAAUCCUUAUUGAAGACAGAUGUUCCCUCGACACUUCCACUAUCACUAAAUCCUUCGAUCAGUCGAAAACACAACGAUGAAAAACUGGAACUUAGGGCGAAGAAAGUUUUACAAGUAGAAAAGAAGGAGAAAGAAGACAGAGGUCGUAUAACUGAUGUGAUAGGGGGAUGGGGAGGAGAGGGCGAGCGGGCACUUCGGAAAGUUGCUCAGAGGGGAGUUGUCAAGUUGUUUAAUGUCAUACAACAGUCCCAAGCAAGCGUUGCAGCUGCUGCGGAAGAAACAAGAGCUGGGAGAGGGACUGGCAAGCCCACACUUCCAGCUCCCAUCAUAGACAGUAAAGGCAAGCGCAAGGGCAAAAACAAAGAUAAUAUUGUUGGAAGGGCAAAAGAAAGCGCUGUGGACAAGGACGAUUUUUUCAAUAUGAUCAGGUCUGGUGGGAUUGUGUCAAAGGCGUAA